AUGCUUACCCUACUUGCCCAGGUAGAGCAAUGUUUGAAUUCGCGACCAAUUACACCUCUAUCCGAUGAGCCGUCGGACUUGGAACCAUUGACACCGGGACACUUCCUCGUCGGUGGCAAUCUGCAAGCGGUACCAAUCAUCGAUUAUACCGAGACACCGAGCAACUAUUUGAGGGAAUACCAGUUGGUACAAAAACAUCUGCAAACCAUUUGGGCUCGAUGGUAUCCGGAGUACCUGCAGCAGUUACAAGCUCGAGCCAAAUAUUGCAACGGGAAAUCAGCGGUUCUGAAAGAAAAUACACUGGUGAUUAUUAAGGAAGACAAUGUACAUCCUACCUCGUGGCCGAUGGGGCGCAUCGUUGCAGUACACCCUGGAAAGGACGAUGUUGUUCGCGUCGUUACACUGCGCACUGCUUCAGGGAAGCAAAUCGUCCGCGCAGCUAAUCGUCUGGCAGUUUUGCCUAAUCCGGACUAGCUAAGUCAUCU